ACUUUGGUACUGCUCGCCUGCUACCUAGUUUUACCAUUAGUUUGCGUUGUUUCUGCGUAUGAAUAGUCAGCUACUUAGCAAUAUAUUCAACAAGUGUCUUACUGUUUUAUUUUCUUUGAUCUUAAAUAUCUGAUCAGUUAUAUCAACUAGUGUUCUGUGUAGAAUGGAUGUAGCAAAAUAUUUAUUAAGGAUUGGUUGUUCUGGACCAAUGAUGCCUACACUGGCGACUCUGCAGCAUGUUCAUCACAGACAUUUACUGUCUGUACCAUUUGAAAACCUAACCAUUCACAGUGGAGGGCAGGUCGGAUUGGAGCUGCCAUUGCUUUAUGACAAAAUCAUCCAUCAGCACAGAGGAGGGUUCUGCUUUGAGAAUAAUGGCCUGUUCUCCUGGCUUCUGUCCCAGCUGGGGUUUGAGGUCACUCUCCUUUCAGCUCAAGUCAAAAACCGCAUCACCGGUGUUUAUGGGCCACCGUUCGAUCACAUGAUCAUUAUGGUGACUCUGGAAGGGCACCGGUGGCUCUGUGAUGUGGGCUUUGGGGCAGGAUUCGAAGUUCCCAUGUCCCUUGAGACAGAAGAGCCUCAGAAGCAGGGUCACGGAGUAUUCAGGAUCAGGCAUGAAGGGGAGAUCCUCUUUUUGGAGACUGCAGAGGAAGACCUGGGAGAGACGGACAGUCAGGGACUGCUGGCGUGCAGAGGUGACGGGAUAGAGAUGAACCUGGAGAACAGUUGUAGGGGCUGGACUGAGCUGUACAAAUUCACCCUUCAGGCACGGCAGCGGGAGGAUUUCAAGGCCAUGUGUCAUUACCAUCAGAGCUCUCAAAGUUCUGUCUUCUACUGCAAGUCUCUCUGCUCACUUCUGCUGCCCAAUGGAAGAGUGAGCUACAUGGGACGCAAGCUGAUCGUAACCAGUAUCCCCACUGAGGGAGGAGGACGGACAACAAAGCACACCCAGGAUCUGACCGAUAAGGAAAUCCCUGGUAUUCUGAGGGAAAGGUUUGGCAUAGUAUUAAACUCUGCCAUCUAUCCAAAAGAUGAGGACAUUGUUCCACCUGCUGGCAUUUAUUAACAUUUUUUCUAGUUGCAUUUUACACACUGGACUUAAUUUGAUAUUUGUAACCUGUGCAGAUCGCUACAUUUACAUGUACUCAUGCAAGGAAACGUUUAACAAAUGUUUACAUAAUCACAGAGUGAUCAAGUCAAGCCACUUUCAAAAUGGCCCGGCACAGUUAUGGGUUGUCAAAUGCCAAAUUAUAAUAACAUACAUUUUACUGGUUAUUACAACUGGAGCAGGAUCCUAAUAAAAAUGUUAAA